CCUUCCCUUCCCCUUCCUCCCCUCACGGACACCGCCGACCCGCCGCGACCGUCCGGGAGCCGUCAGGAUUAUCUAGACAUAACAUCUUAGAAGUGAAAACAAAACCACAUUUUCCGUGGAUCGCCACCUUUUCAAGGUAGAACUUUAGACUUCAUAGCACUGAAUUAACCUGCACUGAAAGCUGUUUACCUGCAGUUGUUCACUUUGUUGGAAGUGAGCAUGUCUCAAGUUCAAGUUCAAGUUCAGAACCCACCUGCUGCUCUUUCAGGGAGCCAAAUACUGAACAAGAAACAGUCUACUCUCUCCCAGCCUUUGAUGAGUAUUCCUUCUCCUGCUAGCUCUCUGCCCUCUGAAAAUGCAGGUAGACCUAUUCAAAACUCUGCUUUACCCUCUGCAUCUGUCACCUCCACCAGUGCAGCUGCAGUUCCUUCUAACAUGGCAAACCCCAAAGAGAAAACCCCAAUGUGUCUUGUGAAUGAGUUAGCCCGUUUCAACAAGAUUCAGCCUGAGUAUAAGCUUUUGAGUGAGCAAGGUCCAGCUCACUCUAAGGUAUUUACCGUGCAGCUGACCCUUGGGGACCAGCGCUGGGAAUCUGAAGGCACUAGUAUUAAAAAGGCCCAGCACGGAGCUGCCAUCAAAGCUCUGCAAGGGACAAGAUUUCCGAAACCAACAGCCCGGCCUGCUCGUCACGAAGGAAGGAAUCCAGACAGCGUAACCCCCACUGUGGAACUUAAUGCACUUUGCAUGAAACUUGGAAAAAAACCCAUGUAUAAGCCUAUCGAUCCGUACUCAAGGAUGCAGUCCACCUACAACUACAAUAUGAGAGCAGGCGCUUACCCCCCAAGGUACUUUUAUCCGUUUCCAGUUCCACCUAUACUUUAUCAAGUUGAGCUUUCCAUCGGAGGCCAGCAGUUCAAUGGGAAAGGAAGGACACGACAGGCUGCCAAGCAUGACGCGGCUGCUAAAGCACUGAAAAUCUUGCAGAAUGAGCCCCUGCCCGAGAAACCAGAGGUGAAUGGAAGAGUACCAGAUGAUGAAAAUCUCAAUAAAUCAGAAAUAAGCCAAGUGUUUGAAAUUGCACUUAAACGGAACAUGCCUGUGAACUUUGAGUUUUUCCCUCUGAAACAGGUGACCAAGGAGAACGGCCCUCCCCACAUGAAGAGUUUUUUGACAAAGGUGUCAGUCGGGGAGUUUACGGGUGAAGGUGAAGGAAAGAGCAAGAAGAUUUCCAAGAAAAAUGCUGCUAUAGCUGUCCUAGAGGAACUGAAGAAACUACCCCCGCUUCCUACAGUGGAGAAGAUGAAACCACGAAUCAAAAAGAAAACAAAAUCAAUAGUGAAGCUCCCGACCAGCCCGGAAUACGGCCAGGGAAUGAACCCCAUCAGCAGACUCGCUCAGAUUCAGCAGGCCAAAAAAGAGAGGGAGCCCGAGUACCUGCUUGUCACGGAGCGCGGCCUUCCCCGGCGCAGGGAGUUUGUGAUGCAGGUGAAAAUUGGCGUCCACACCACGGAGGGGGCGGGCACUAAUAAGAAGGUGGCUAAGCGCAAUGCAGCUGAAAACAUGUUGGAGCUUUUAGGCUUCAAGGUGCCCCAGCCUCAACCUCCUAAACCAGCACUAAAAACAGAGGAAAAGACACCAGUAAAGAAACCGGGUGACGGAAGAAAAGUAACCUUUUUCGAACCAGGCUGUGGUGAUGAAAAUGUGACUAAUAAUAAAGAUGACGAAUUUAGAAUGCCUUAUCUCAGCCAUCAGCAGCUUCCUGCUGGAAUUCUUCCCAUGGUGCCCGAGGUUGCCCAGGCCGUAGGAGCCAGUCAAGGACAUCACACCAAAGAGUUCAGCAGGGUGGCCCCCAACCCGGCCAAGGCCACGGUAACGGCCAUGAUCGCCCGCGAGUUGUUGUACGGGGGGACCUCCCCCACCGCCGAGACCAUUUUAAAGAACAACAACCCCUCGGCCCACGCGCCUCACGGGCCCCUCACUAGACCUUCUGAGCAGCUGGACUAUCUCUCCAACGUCCAGGGAAUCCAGGUCGAGUACAAAGAUUUCCCCAAAAACAACAAGAACGAGUUUGUGUCUCUUAUAAAUUGUUCCUCUCAGCCACCUCUGAUCAGCCACGGAAUUGGAAAGGAUGUGGAAUCCUGCCAUGAUAUGGCUGCACUGAACAUUUUAAAGUUGCUGUCUGAGUUGGAUCAACAAAAUACGGAGAUGCCAAGAACAGGAAAUGGACCAAUGUCUGUCUGUGUGAAACAAGAAAUGGAAGGCGACCCCCUCCUGAAAGCGGCUAACUCUAACACUUUGGGACAAGCACUGGACAGCAGCGCCUGAAGAGACUGGACUCAGACCUGAAAGCACCAGAGAAAAUCAAAUGCUUCCUAUUUAAUGUAACCUAACCGUUUUAGAGUGCUACAGCUUUUCCAACUUCCUGUAGUAUCUAAAUCAUAACCGUUGCUUUAACUUUGAACAGUGAUAAAUCCUUUAGUUUUAUUAUUUUGUUUGGAUCAGAAGGACACUAUAAAUUUUUCAUUUAAAAGUUUCUUAAUUGUAUCUAGUUCUAUAGCACAGUUUAGAAACUUGUCUGAGACUGACGUUAUCUGUAAAACUAACCCCGCGAAGAUCAUAUCCCCGUGUGUGGUUUAGCGUUUUGUUUUGUUUUUUUAUUGAAAUAGUGUAGGACCGUUUCAGUGAUGCAGAUUGUGUGCCCUCCAUUUGAACAAGAAUAGUCGUGGGCUUCUGGAAAAUCUUCAUGGAAUCGCCCCACAGUUACGCAAAUUGGAUAUUUUAGGAAUUUUAAAUGUCAAGUGAUCAUUUAGUUCACUUUCUAUUUGUGGAGUAUUUUUGUUCAACACAACAGAAAUGAUAUGAACUUUGAUCUUUAUUUUAAAGAUGGUCAAACCUGGUAGAGCUAUCAAUGGCACACAGCUAUCCUACACUACAGGAUAUGAUCUCCAUGUAGUGCGUAUACGACUGCAAAUUGAUUUUCCUUGAGUGCUUUAUACUGUUUAAUUACAUCUCCAUGUAGGGCUGAAAAAAAAUUACCUAUGUUUCUAUAUAAACUGUGUUGCUUUUGAUGUUGUGUUAUUGUACACAGAAAUGUGUGCAGUAAGUUUUUUGCAUAUGGUCCAGGUAAAAAGCACGGUAGCCUUGCAAGUUAAAUACUGCUUCUGUUCAUUGUUUACGCUGGAAAUUUUUUCUCCCCAUGGAAUGUAAGUAAAACUUAGUGUUUGUCACCAAUAAAUGGUAAUACUAAAAA